AUGGUGUUCGGAGCGAAGAAGGCGCUCCAACAUGUGCCGAGCAGGAGUCGAAUAUCGCUUAUGAAGAUACAAAAUUUCACUGUUCAAAAAAGGCAAUCUGUAGUAACAUUGGUGUAUGGCACUCUGAUGAUCGUACUUGGACUGGUCUCAGUUCUCAUUGAUCCAAUCGCAUUGUUUACGAAUUGGUUUACGGAAGUAAGAGAAGGAAACUUCAUUUAUAACAUGUGGUCGAACCCUACGUAUAAAAUAUAUUCGGACGUCUACAUCUUCAACUACACAAACGUCGACCAGUACCUGAGAGGAGAGGAGAAACUAAAAUUGACGGAGUUAGGACCUUACAAAUUUCAAGAGUUGCGAACUAACGAGAAUAUUACCAUAGACAAAGAGCGAGGAGUGAUGACAAUGAAACCGAAGAUUAAACUCAAGUUCCUCUCAGAGGAGUCAGUGGGACAGUAUAAUGACAGCAUCGUGGUGCCUAAUAUUGCCCUGAUUGCUAUCAGCACCCUUCUCGCAGACCAGGGUUUAGGAUUUAUACCCAACACAGCCGCGUAUUACACAAUGACAGCUCUGGGAUCCAAGCUUUUCAAGCCCAUGCCAGCGGGUGAUUUCCUCUGGGGCUAUGAUGAUCCCCUAGUGAAGGUUGCCAGUAAAUUGGUCCCUGGUUGGAUCGAUUUCGGCAAGAUUGGAAUUAUGGAUAGAUUUUACGCUCAAAGAAAUGAUGAAGUAGAGGUGGAGCUGAAGAACAUCAGUAGGAGGUACUCCAUUAACACAUGGAAUAAUCAGCCUGGCCUUAGAGAACAGGGUUUUUCCUCAAUUAACACCAGCAUUCCCUGUAACCGGCUACAAGGAACCUACGAAGGUCUGAUGCUACCACCUGGCUUCAACAGCACUGUACUCCCAGUUUUUAGGAAGCAAGCUUGCAGAGUCUAUCCCUUCGUAUAUAAGGAGGAAGUGCUUGGAUCAAUAGGAAUUCCACUAACUAGAUACAAGAUGGAUGAUUCGGCUUUUAAUAAAACGAAUCCUUACGAUUGUAAAUGCAAGACCAAUUGUCUACCUGACGGUUUUGUGGAUAUUGGCAGUUGCUAUUAUGGUUUCCCAAUAGCAUUGUCAAAGCCUCAUUUCUUGGACACUGAUCCUGAGCAACAAAAACGUUUUGAGGGUAUGAAACCAGAUCCUCUGCUUCAUUCUUCGCAUGUAGAUUUGGAAACGAAAAUUGGCGUACCAAUAGCUUUAAGUACGAAGUUGCAAGUGAAUAUCGCUGUGAGGAUGGCGUCUGGAAAUCCCAUCACCAGACCAUUAAAAGAUAUGGUCGUACCUCUUAUGUGGCUGACACUAUACUGCGACGAACCACCUCCAGAAGUAGUGGCUCUGCUUCGAAUGCGGUUUCUUUUUGCACCACCACUGGUUCUUACUCUUGAAAUCCUUCUCAUCGUCAUCGGAAGUGCUCUGGUCAUCCAUGGUGUUUAUCGGCUCUGGUACCCAAAAUACCAACUCAUCCAGGCCCAAGAUACAAAAAAGGCUGAAAAACGGAUCAACCAUAGUGUAUUGGAAAGACGAAAAAGUAGUCUAACAUUAAAUAUGGCUGACACGUUUAAUGAUGAUGAAAUGGCAAAAGAAGCUGUCUCCUUGUUAGCUAUUAAGGAAGAAGAUUUGCCGGAUCUAUUGAUGGGCGAAACAAUUGAUUAUGAUGACAGGUUUUCUGAAUAA